CGCUCUCAGCCUUUCUCCUUGUUCAACUCUCUCUAAUGUGAACGAUCCCUACUAAAAUUGACCAUGUCGGAGCAAAGAUCCGGGUUAAGAAUCCGAGACGCCAGCCCGGACUUGGUUAUUUACACACUCGAGUCCAGCCUCUUCUCCUCUUCCGCUUCCGCCAGCGUUGACCGCUGCUCCUUCGCCUCCGAAGCCUUUGACCACGACUCCACCGCCUCCGAGAUCUCUCCGAACUCGGCGGCGCACCGUCACCAGGUUGAAGAGAGCUCCAGUGGUCCGGAUCGCGAUCCAGAUCCGAAGACGAAGCCCGCUUUACACAUCACCAGCCACCACCACGGUCGUCGAUCCAGAAAAGGAGAAAAGGCCAAAGCUUGCACAGUUCCAAAGCAAGACAGCGACGCCGACUUGGUUCUUGAUUCAGCACGAAGCUCUUUCUCUCUCGCCUUAAAAUGUAAGCCCCCCAAUUUUGUCCACUACAAUCCAAUCCAAUCCAUUCCUAGCCAAAAACCAAAUGACCCUUGUGUUUUAUAGA